CUUCUCAUCGUGUCGCCGUCUUUGGUUUAGUCGUUUGGCGUACGGUUUACCCUAAUUUAGGGUACCGCUCGAUUUCUCCCCGCCGUCAACUCUAGGGUUUUCAAGAUGAUGCAGCCGCCGUCUAACAUGGUCCCGCCGCCGCCGCAAUACCAACAGCAGCCAUCGCAGCAGUGGAUGCCACCGCCGCAGCCGCAGCAACAGCAGCCCCAGUAUCAGGUUCUUCCGCCGCAACAGCUGCCCCCCGCUUCGUACUACUACCAGAAACUGCAGCCUCCGACCGGCGCCAUCCCUCCGCCGCAACAGCAGCCGCAGUAUACCCAGUUGCCGACGAGUCAGGCGCAGCAAAUACCGGAUGAUGGGAUACAUAGUUUGUGGAUCGGAGAUCUGCAGUACUGGAUGGACGAGCAGUAUUUGUAUAGCUGUUUUUCCGCCACCGGCGAGUUGGUUUCUGCUAAAGUCAUCCGUAAUAAGCAAACUGGCCAAUCGGAAGGUUAUGGAUUCGUUGAAUUUUCCAGUCAUGCUGCUGCAGAAAGGAACCUUCAGACAUACAAUGGCACACUAAUGCCUAAUGUUGAGCAAGCUUUCCGAUUGAACUGGGCAUCAAUGGGUGCUGGUGAAAAACGUGAUGACGCACCAGAUUAUACAAUAUUUGUGGGAGAUUUGUCAGCUGAUGUAACUGACUACAUGCUUCAAGAAACUUUCAGGGCGAAUUAUCCUUCAGUUAAGGGUGCAAAGGUUGUUACAGAUAGGGUAACAGGACGAACUAAGGGUUAUGGUUUUGUUAGGUUUGGUGAUGAAAGUGAGCAAUUACGAGCUAUGACGGAGAUGAAUGGAGUGUUUUGUUCCUCCCGACCGAUGAGAAUUGGUCCCGCUGCAAACAAACAAAAAGUUGGUAGUCAGACCAGAGGUUCAGCCUCAUAUCAGACUUCCCAAGGAAAUCCAAGCGAAGAUGAUCCAACUAACACAACCAUCUUUGUUGGGAAUUUAGACUCUAAUGUCACAGAUGAACAUCUAAGACAGGUUUUUGGACAAUAUGGACAGUUGGUUCAUGUUAAGAUACCUGUAGGUAAACGAUGUGGCUUUGUCCAAUACACUGACAGGACCUGCGCUGAAGAAGCUCUACGCUUAUUGAAUGGAACAAUGUUGGGAGGACAGAGCAUUAGACUUUCAUGGGGACGUAGCCCGUCUAACAAACAGGUUGACUCAAACCAGUGGAAUGGUGGUGGAUAUUAUGGGUAUGCCCCUGGAUAUGAAACCUAUGGGUAUGCUCCGGCAGCACAGGAUCCAAAUUUGUACUAUGGGGGCUACCCUGGAUAUGGAAACUAUGCACCACCUCAACAGCAGCAGCAGCAGCAGCAGCAGGCUAUGCAACAUCCUCAGUGAUGGAUCGAUUGGGCCAGCUUCUAAAUGUGAUGUGAUGGAUGUAUCGAUCCAUAAGUACUCUUGUGGCCCUUGUCUUUAUGACUGGUGUUAGGUGGAUAGUGAGUGUUUCGUAUCUGAGACUUAGACAGACAUGCUUGUUGAACUGAAUUCAGCUUUCUUUGCUUGCUCCCUUUGGUACUGGUUUACAGAAAUAGAGGGGGCAAAAACUUACCUUUCUUGGCACUGUAUGAUGACUCUAGAGGGUUCAUAAAGUAUGCCUGCUUGACUUAUCUUUCAAAUUUAAGCUACAUGUUCAAGUAUUUGAGGUUCUUCAUUUUA